AUGGCUAUACUCCUCCACGGCUCAGUGCGCCUCGUCCUUCGGCGGUCAGCUCAGCGACACCAGCAGAUUUUCUCCCCUACAAAACGGCAGAAAACCACAGCUGCAGACAAGCCAGCUGAGAAGUCUUCCACUGUCAGCAAAAGAGAAGGGUCAUCUAUAGCCACACCGGCAGAAAUAUCGCCACGGCCUCUAUGGGAACGACUUGGCCCCUUGUCAGAAGUUUUCGCUGGAUAUGCUCGGGCCCAAAGGCAAAGACCUUGGACUACUCAGUUCGGAACCUCACUUGUGGUGUACCUAUGUGGGGACCUGACAGCACAGUACAUUGAUGGAGAGCAAUACAAUCCGUUCAGGACGUUGCGACAUUUGACCAUUGGAGGCAUCAGCACUAUAUUCAAUUAUCCCUCCAAACUCCUCUCGCUCGCCACCAAAGUCGUCGUCAACCAAAUUGUAUUCACUCCCGUUUUCAACAGCUACUUCUUCGGCAUGCAAUCCCUGCUCUCCGGGGAUGGUUUUUCCGACGCAUGGGAUAGGAUCAAGAAUACAGUGCCAACAAGUUAUGUAAACAGCUGGAAACUUUGGCCAGCGGUCACGGCUUUCAACUUUACAUAUAUUUUACCACAAUACAGAGCCCUGUUCGCAGGGAUCGUGGCCGUGGGCUGGCAAAGUUAUCUGUCGUGGCUCAACCAAAGAGCCGCAAAUGAAGAGAAGAAGAGGAAAGAGUUGCAUGUGAAAGAGAGCUGA